UCUCACUACACACAUACACACACACAUGUGUCAUGUGUGUCUAUGUGAAUAAUUAAGGUUGCCAAACUCUUCUACCCUCCACCAUCUUUCUCCUUUAUAAAAUUCAACCCUACAACAUCCUCAUUUUCUCUCUUCAAACUCCAUUGACCAUUAACUCCAUUAUUCUCAUCAUCACAACAUGGGUGACCCAAUGGAGAGCCAAAACCCACCACCACCACCAUUAUUACUAUUACCACCACCCCAAAACAACACUUUUACUACUACGACUAAUCCUUUUCUCUUCAAUAUGUCCCCUCAAGAUCAUAAUCAAGGUUUUUCUGACAUUGAUUGGGGCAACCUUUUUUGUGGCCAAAGCAGUUCCUCCUUGUUGCUUGAUGGGGAUUAUCAUGCUAAUAAGGAAACUACGGGGAUCGACCCGUGCGGUUCUUCGUCCGAUUUUUUGAUGAUGAAUGAAAGUGGAGGUGCUCAAGAUUAUCAUCAUGAGGGUGAGAAGGGAGGGAAGGAGAAAAGGAUCAAAGUUGGGAGGGUGAAGAAGACGACAAAGGUCCCGAGGUUUGCGUUUCAGACGAGAAGCGUUGAUGAUAUUUUGGAUGAUGGGUAUCGCUGGAGGAAGUAUGGGCAGAAAGCUGUGAAGAAUAGCACGUAUCCCAGAAGCUACUACCGUUGCACCCAUCACACAUGCAAUGUGAAGAAACAAGUGCAAAGGCUAUCCAAAGACACAAGCAUUGUGGUGACAACUUACGAGGGAAUUCACAACCAUCCAUGCGAGAAGCUCAUGGAAACCCUAACCCCUCUCCUCAAGCAAAUACAGUUCCUUGCUAGCUUGUAAUGUCAUAUUGCUUUUCUGCUAUAAUGCACAUUACAUACAUAUAUAUAUAACACAGAUACAUAAAUUAACUUAUUUAAAUGCUCUUUGCUUGUCUAUGUCAUUGUAUACUCUAUAUCUCCACUAUAUAUAUUGGUGUGUUUUAUGUUGGUGUGUAUGUGAAUUUGACUUUGUAUGUGAACCAAGAUCAUGUCCAUAUAUGGUCAUUUGUGUGUGUAAUAAAAUCCCUGUACGUACAAUUUGUAUACAUGUGUCUGUAAUGUUUUGAUUUCCAGCA